UAUAUUAUAAGAUACUUUUAAAGGGCGGCUGAGAAUUAGAGAGCAUCCCGGCAGGAAUUGGUCUCUGUUCGACUCUGUAGUUAAAAUUUAAGACAGAGGAAUUGAAAGAACUGCAGGGUGUCUCUGUCUGUUGUUGAAGGCCCUCAACAUGUGUUUGCUUUGCAGCGUCUCAGAAGAAUGCUUUUCCCUCGAAACCCCCUCCCCCCCUUAAUGAUGUGGUGUUGUUAUUUAAAUCCUAGAACCCCAUGUCUCAACACAAGCAUCUUUAAACAGAGUGGUUGCCCCCGAUGCAAUUAACGCACACACGCAAACACACAUGCACGCACACACAUUUUGUCAGAUAGCCAAGGCAGGCUGGCAUUGAUGAGGAAGGAGAAGAAGGGCAAGAUUUGUCUGAAGCAGAGAAAGACGAGAAGAAAAAGGAUUCUAAGGCGAUUAAAGUGGCUUAACAUACUGCUGCCGUUGUCUGUCAAAGUGGAUGAUGUGCAGUGGCAUUUGCGCGACUCUCAGGUUUCUCCUACUGCCUGGGUAGUCUUUCUCUCUCUCUCUCUCUCUCUCUCUCUCUCUCUCUCUCUCUCUCUCUCUCUCUCUCUCUCCCUCUCUCCCUCUCUCUCUCUGUCUCUCCCCCUCUGUCUUUCUUCUCUUUUCAUCCCCCUGUACUUUUUUGCACUAAAGCGGAUAACAACCAUCCCUAUGUUCACUUCCUCCCUCUCACCAGCCUGAGGUGGGCAGUGACCAUGGCGACAGAUGCCAGGGAAACUAAGCAUGACACGCAUGUAGAGGUAACCGUAUCCAAAGGCCCAGAGCGGAGACAACAGGGCAAAUUCCAACCCUUCAGACGGUUGUUCGGGAAGAGAAAGAAGCGGGAGACGGAGAGAAACCUGGGUGCAGUAGAGCUAAAGGACCAUUUUUCUACUGGGGAAGUGUGCAAUGGAGUUGUCUCUGAAAAUGAGGAAAUUUUGAGGGAGUUGAAUCCCGUUGUGCCCCGAGCUAUCUCUCACGACAGCAUCUUCACUCCGGAAGAACUGCCAAAGGAAGCUGUUCUGGAUCAAACCAUGUCCCAGGAAAACGUCUCUGACAAGGUCAGGAACCUGCAGAGGCAGAUAGCCCAAGGUAUCAAGUUUGGGAAGAAGCCUCUAUCUCUGAGAAAGAGUGAAGACGAGUGCAGUUCAGAUGAGGAGGAGCUUCCUCAGAGUCCUCUCAAGGUGAUAGCCCAUGUGGAGACCAUGCCUGCAGAAACUGAGCCCAAGGUUCAACUAGCAAGCCAGCAGGCUCCGGUACACAGUCCCCCCCUCAAGUCCCCUAGGUCCAAGAGAGUCCUCCCUCCCACCGGUACCAUUGAGUCAAUCAACCUGGACGCGGUGCCACAGUGUGCCCCGUGUCUGGACAACACAGCUGCCAAGCAUAAGCUGUCUGUGAAGCCCAAGAACCAGAGAAUCUCCCGCAAACACCGGCGCUUUACCCAAGAACUGCAGGAUUCCAUUCCGGGGGUCUUGCAGGAGGAUGACGAGGUGGCAGGAGGGUUUGCUGCUGAGGAACAUUGCCUACAGUCCCUGGAGUCUUCCAAUAAACAACAAUGGCAGCAGGAGGUGGAGGAGGAGAGGAUCCGACAGGAGGAAGAGGAGAGGGCAAUGAAGGCAGAGGAGAAGAGGCUGCGGAAACUAGAUGAGGAGAGGUGCAGUCAAGUGCAGGAGGAGGAGCGCAUCCACAGAGCUGAGGUAGAGGAAAGGAAGCAGAGAGAGUUGGAGACUGAGAGGAGGAGGAGGGAGAAGGAAGAGGAUGAGAGAAGGAUCAGGGAAGAAGAAGAAUGCAAGCAACGUGAGGAGGAACGUAAACAGGAGGCGGAGGAGGAGGAAGAGGAGGAAAGGAGGAGGAUCCAAGAAGAACAGGAGAGACUGCAAUGGGAGGAGGAAAACCAAGAGAGAAAGCAUCAGCAGGAGCAGCGGAUACGAGAGGAGGAAGAGAGGAGGCAACAGGAAGUUGAGGUGCAGGGACUCCUUUUGGAGGAGAAGAGGAUCAGAGAAGAGAGGGAAAAACAAGAAAGGAAGAAAAGGCUUCAUGAGGAGAAAUUUAAAACAGAAGAAGACGAGAAAAAGAAGAAGGAAGAAGAGGAAAUACACUGGAGAGAGAUGGAGGAGAGACAGAGGCCCUUCUCUUUCAAAGUAUCCUCGGGCGAGAAACAGAUUCUGUUCCAGAAGGUCAACCUGACUCCUGUUACACCAGCCAGUGGCCACCAGGGCGGCGCUGUAACCGACCAGCGUGCAGGCAACAAAACCUCCAGUCCUGAUGGAGCAGAUCCCCAUAAUCUAAUGUCGUGCCAGUAUGUCCCCCACACAGCCAUCCUGGUGACUGGGGCCCAGCUCUGUGGACCAGCAGUCAAUUUAGACCAGAUCAAAGACACAGCCUGCAAGUCACUGUUGGGUAUUGGCGAGGAUUGGAAAGCUCAAGGAACACCACCGACCAAGAGCAAGACCUCCCCAGACCGAAAAUCUGGGAAAACCAAAUCCCUGAAUGAAUCCAUGCUCACCUCAGACCAGUCGAGUGCAGCGGUCCUUGCCGAAUGGGCCAGUAUCAGAUCCAAGAUAUUUAAGGGGGCAGACGAAGGGAAGUAUGAGGAUUGCCCUGAAACAAGCAAGAGCCAGACAGGGCCUGGUGGCGAGGAUGCAAACCAGUCCUCGUUCCCACACUCCAACCUCAGGAAGACCAUGUCUGUGAGCGCCAAAUUCUCCAUCACCCCAGCCAAAAAGAAGUUUGGAGACUCCAAUAGGAACUCUGAGCUGUUGAGUCCAGAGGAAAAAGAGACAGUGAAGGAAGGUGCAUUCUUUUCUGAUACCUGCAGCCAGCCCCAGGCAGCCUCCCCGACCCCAGCUGCUAAGUCCCCCAACAGGACCAAUAAAACGGUCCGCAUUGCAGUAAGAGGUACAGAGGAGUGUAUGUUUGCCAAAGACCUCCCUUCGUUUCUGGUUCCCAGCCAUCAAGCCAAACCGGAGGGGAUGGAGAUGAAAGGUCACAGCCAGGAUGAGGCGGAAGGUUCUGAGGGCAGCGAGGAGAGGGGACCCGACAGCCAGGACAAAACCUCCCCCUUUGGAAUCAAGUUAAGACGGACAAACUACUCCCUCCGCUUCCACAGUGAGCAAUCCAUAGAGAAACGAAAAAAACGCUACAGCGCCGGGGACAGUUUUGACGGUGUCCCCUCUCCCCUCACACCCAUGGACCCGGACUCCACCCCUGACAGCACGCCGGUGUUCUCUGAGACACCGAGCCCACCAUCGCCUCUCAAAGACGGCGCCAUGGUGCAGUUCUUACAGGUAUCCCCCUCGUCCAUCCCUUUCCGCACAAAACCGGGGCCGAAACACGACUGUGAUGGGGAGAAAGUACCUUCCAGAUCUUCUCUCUACCAGAGACCCCUCACAUCGCCCAAGCCUGCGGCAGCCGCGUUCAACCCUCCCCCUUCGCCGCUGCCCAAGGACCCCAGUGAAGCGGUGGCCCAGGGGAGCGGGAGGGGUCCAGAACCUUCUGGGAAGGAGCAGGGUGAGGCUGUGGAGGAGACUACUGCCGUGGCCCGUCUGCAGAGGGGCAACCAGGUGCACACACCUGGGGACGAGGAGCCCAAAGAGAAGAAGUCAUUCUUCCCAUCCAUCAACAUCCCUUGGAGAGAGAAGGUGGACCGAAAGACAGAGCUUCUCAAAAAAGAGAAACCCUCACUACAGAGCCGGCACUCUCUGGACAGCGCACGGCUCCAGGAGAAGGAGCAGGGGCCCCUGUGGAUCACACUGGCUCUGCAGAAGCAGAAGGGCUUCAGGGAGCAGCAGCAGAGCCGCGAUGAGAGACGCAGCCAGAGGGAGGCAAAGCUGGCAGAAAAACAGUCCAAGGAGCGAGAGAGUCAGGCUCUGCUGGUCAGUCCCACGGACGGCAGGGGAACCCCGGGCCCUAGACCAGGAAAAGCUCUGACCCCCGAGGAGCCCAAGAGACCAGAUAGUCUUCUGGGACGCUUUGACCGGAGAGAACAUCUGAAGAAAGCAAACACUCUUCCCAGCUCUGUCACCGUCGAGAUUGCAGACUCAACAUCGUUGCCCCCUGCUGUGAAGGAGGUGUCCAAGCGCUUCUCUUCCAGUGACUCUCCCCAGGUGUGCACAGAGCCGGCCUGGCUGGCUCUUGCCAAGCGCAAGGCCAAAGCCUGGAGUGACUGCCCUCAGAUCAUCAAGUAGCCCACACUGCACACUGCCCACCGACUGUGUCAAGAAUAUCCCCUUCAUUGCAGUUUAGCUCCAGGUCCUACUCAACGUCCCACCACCUGACCGUGUAAAACCAACAAGAAAAACAUACACAAAAAAAACAUUCAAUGGUUGGUAUAUUAAUCAAGAUAAAGUGUGAUUUACCGUGAAAUAUACGAGAAGAUAAAAACAAAAUCUGACUUUUAUACUAACCAUUAGUAUUGCAAGCAUGCACUUACUAUAUAGUCAAAUGAAAAUAGAAAGGAAAAAGUAAGUCACUAGAAGAAACAUGUCAGUUUGAUGUUUGCUCUCAGCUCUGAGCACCUCGGAUUUAAGAACGACAAAAAUCCACUGGCAAUACCAACAAUGGCUUCCGUUGCAAAAGCCAAUCCAAAUUACUUCCUUUUUUUUGUAGCCAUUGUGGUCCCCAUGGUUGUAGAUGGAUCCUGUGGUAAAGAUACCCCAUAUUAUAUCCUCAUCUCAAUAGAGUUUAACCAACGGCUUGUGGGGAAGAAUGUCAAAGCCAGUGUUUUGUCAACAUGGGGGUUUCAAAAUAUUGUUUUAAGGGCUAAACGAUUUCAUUAACUUACAGUCAUCUCCUUUGUUACAUUCCAAUGUUGGUGUAGUUUAAUGCUAAGAGUUUCCCUUGCACUUAAACACAGAUAGGCCAUCUCCUCUCAGAGCCUCCAGUUUUGUUUUAUGAACUGCGACCUGUACUUAGCCUAACAAUGUGCACUGUGUCCGUGACGACUGUGACAACUGUCAAAGAAGCUAUUGUAUAAUUUGCCAUGAAACGGUUGACACAAUUUCUAUCUCAUGCACGCUAAUACAAUCUUUCAGAAAUCCUUCGUGGUGCAUAGCUAAAAACAGUGCGUCAAAGGCUGACAGUGUUAUUGGGCAUUAACUGUUAAUUGUACAUUGCUGUCACAAUAUGGUGAUGAUGAACGUAACACUCAAUUGACUGGGUACAGAGUAAGAGUGAGAGAAAUAGAAUAUGGCUACCUACUCGCUAUAAUAUAUGUCUCUUGUGUCUGUCCUACUGUAACACAACUGUGUUUGUGGGCAUCACUUCCUUUUUAAUGUGAUUUGAACUGGUUAGCUUGUCAUAACGUUAGGAUUUCUACGACGCUAUCUUCCUCACCUUUUGAUGUAAUGAGUUGUACGUAAGACAUCAUGACCUCUAUUUAAGGAAUCACGUAUGUAAGUCAAGGGGUUCCACCAGGGCCUUGGUCAGCGAGGGGCCACCUAAGGCAGAGUCACUUGGGCAUAUUGUUUAUACCUAUGGUUGUGUACAAUAGUGUAGCGUUGCACAGUGUUAAAUGUAACAAAUAUGUUUGGUAAUAAUUGCACUUUUUUGUCCCACUUAAUAGGUAUUCAUGAGGAAGUUCUUACGAAAUGCAAAAUGUUCUGAAUAAUGUUAAGUAAAUGCUAAUGUCUGAAACACAAA